AUGGCAUACUCCAACAUUAAUUGUUGGUUCCAUGCAUGUAUUCUCUCCUUUCUGGUCUUAAAUUCUUUGUCAUGUGCUUUUGCUUAUGAUGUUUCUUACGAUGGAAGGGCCAUCAAAAUUAAUGGUGAACGUAGAAUUCUCAUUUCUGGCUCAAUCCAUUAUCCAAGAAGCACUCCCUCUAUGUGGCCUGAUUUGAUAAACAAAGCCAAGGAAGGAGGGGUGGACGCUAUUGAAACCUAUGUUUUCUGGAAUGCCCAUGAACCACUUCGUCGUCAAUACGAUUUUAGUGGGAAUUUAGAUCUCAUAAGGUUUCUCAAAACCGUUCAAGAUGCUGGACUUUUCUCUAUUCUUCGGUAUCCUGUGUGGUUGCGCAAUCUGCCAGGCGUUGAGUUACGAACGGCCAAUGAUGUCUACAUGAAUGAGAUGCAAAACUUUACAACCUUGAUAGUGGACAUGAUUGAGAAUGAAUAUGGAAAUAUAAUGGGACCUUAUGGAGCUGCUGGCAAAGUGUAUAUCGAUUGGUGCGCUACU